GUAGCUAAGAAUGCCAAAACGCACCGCUGGUCCCCUGGGCUCGCUGAGCGGCGGCCUCAAAAACCGCUCCCGCGAAACUGCGGAUGGAGGCGCCGAUCACACCAAAUACCCACCGGAGAUGGGCGAAUUCGAAGACAAUUACGAGGAUGAAUACGAAGAGGACGAGGAAUUUCUUGAGGCGGGCGAUGAAGACGACGAAGAGGGUGGUGCACAAAUUGGCGGAGAGAGUGGAGGAGGGGAUAGCAUGGAUAUGGACCAACAGGUGUACAUACCCUCGCGGAGGGUUCUAGGUAAAGAUGAAAUACUGGAGCCCGACCCGACGGCGUAUCAUAUGCUACAUAGCAUGAAUGUCAAUUGGCCAUGCCUGAGCUUUGAUGUGCUCCAGGAUGGACUGGGAGAUGAGCGACGGGGAUACCCACAUAUGGUCUACUUGGUUGCCGGGACGCAGGCUGCCAGAGCGAAAGAUAAUGAAGUUACAGUGAUGAAAUUGAGCGGGCUGCAGAGGAUGCAGCAAUGUUUGUUCCCCCCCCACUCGCCUCUUCGAUCUUUAGCUAAGAAUUGAAGUAGCAAAGGAAGAAGACGAAGAAGACGACGACGCCUCCGACACAGAGGACGACCCGAUCCUCGAAUCUCGCUCCCUCCAAUGCCCCACUACGACAAACCGUAUCCGUGCCUCGCCGCAUGCCCACCAUGCCGCCUCAAUGGCCGAAACUGGCGAUGUGUACAUCUGGGAUCUAUCGCCGCACUACAAUUCUCUUGAGAGUCCGGGAACCGCCAUCCCCGCGAGCGCAAACAAACCCACGGCAACGCUCAAGAUGCACAGGCAUGUGGAGGGCUACGCGAUUGAUUGGUCUUCCAAUCCCCGAGAUGUCAUGGGUCGGAUAGCUACUGGGGAUAACUCUGGCAAGAUAUUUAUCUCGUCGCGAAAAGAGGGCGGUACCUGGGCUACGGAUAGUAGCCCACUGAAGGGGCAUACAGGCAGUAUCGAAGAACUUCAGUGGUCUCCCAAUGAACGCCACGUGUUUGCUUCCGCAUCUUCAGACGGAACAGUCAAGAUCUACGACGCCCGCGCACAGACCAAAAAGCACCAAUUGUCGGUCGACGUCUCAUCUUCGGAUGUAAACGUCGCAUCCUGGUGUCGGGCAGUACCCCAUCUCCUUGCUACCGGCGCCGACGACGGAGUCUGGGGCAUCUGGGAUCUUAGAAAUUUUCCCAAUGCACUUAAGGGUGAACAGGUAUCUGCUACCGCGAGUUUUACUUUCCACCGGCAACCAAUCACUAGUGUUGAGUUUCAUCCCACUGAGGAUAGCAUUGUUUCUGUUGCGUCUGCAGACUCGACGAUUACGCUGUGGGACUUGAGUGUUGAGUUGGACGACGAGGAAAGCAAGGAUACUGGCGGCAUGGAGGAUAUUCCACCGCAGUUGUUGUUUGUCCAUUACCACAAGGAUGUUAAGGAGGUGCAUUGGCAGAAGCAGGCGCCUGGGGUGGUUAUUGGGACUGGGGGUGAGGGGUUUAAGUAUUUUGUCCUUCCAUACGUUUCCUUACUUGGCGCAAUUGUGCGUUGGCUGAUCGGUUAUCUCUCCUCGGCCAGUGUUUUCAAGACUAUAAGCAUCUGAUCUUGUCGCCGUGGGGUUUCUUGCAGAGUAGGCAUAACCGGGUAGUGUUUUUAUACGGGUGGCGAAAAAUUUUUAGGCUUGUGUUUGAUAUACUACCGACUAAUCUCUAGAAUAAAUGACUAUAGCAGAGAGCUUCCUGUUUG